UAGGCCUUAGAAAAAAUAGAUGGUCCAUACAACCUCUGGAAGCCCUAAAACCUGCCUAGAAUUCGGGUAUACACUUCGCCGCAUUCGUUUACUCAACAAGCCUAUCCAGGAGGAUUCGUGUAAAUAUUUCUGCAAUAGUAUUCACGAGCGCAAUAUCUCUUCAAGAGCCCGGAUCCUCUUAAUCACCUUUCUUGAAUAACAUGCACGUGAGGAUAGUUUCCCAAGAAGGGAGGCCCUCCUUAAUCUUUCAGAUCCUCCUGAAUUGACACUCAAGAUAAUCUAGACAUAACUCGUGCAAAGCUUGGUAAAGCUAAGCUGAAACACCAUCGUGUCCAGGGGCUUUCCCCUAUUUACUUUUGCGGAUAGCAGCCUUGAUUUCCUCUUUUGAGAUCUGGGCACCCAGAAGGGGGUGCGUAUUUAUACUCCAAGAAAGAUCAAGGUUCACUCUAGGAGAACACAACGUAUUCACGAAACCUUACCAUGAUUGAAUGUUAAUACUCUGUGCAAGUCUCGGCUUGAAGAAAAUACCUGCUCUCCAAAACUUUGACGUGCCUCUGGUAGAUGCUUGAGCCUCUUGAAACGCCUUCUCAUUCAAAAUUUUCUUAGAGAUUCACAACCAGUUGACCAGUUGAGCCCAGUUGAGCCAAGGCAUUUCUCUGUAAAGUGAAAGGAAUCAGUAGGAAAAUAUAAUGAGUUGCGGCUGCCGCCCUAAUUUUCGAGGUAAUAUUUUCGUUCAAGUCGCCACUGAAGAGAAGAGCGCCACCUGGGAAUACGGGAGUAUCAGUGCAUCUAGGAAAAACAAACUUUUAUCUUCUCUCCAGGCUCAGAGGAGAAGAUGGAAAACAGGCAAUCCUUGAUUGAGGCGCAUAUCAGUGCUUCACAACAGCAGAGAACUGCAAUUUUGAGAGAAACUUACUAUGACGAGCGUAACUGCCGUCCCGGAUAGCCUCAGUGCAACCUACAAUAUGAUUCCUCCCAAGGGGUAUCACCUCCAGCAGGGCUUAGCACACAGCUCAGCUUCUCUUACUCUCGCCAAGAAUCAUCAGACGCUGAGUAAGGGAAAGAAAUCGUGGAGUGUCAGGUUGGGCUUAUCACGUCAGAGUCAAUCACCAGAUGAUCUUGUAAAAGGCUGGGGAACUAUAAGUGGUGGGAGCGCACUAUCUCAUCAAAUGAUUUAUGAAGAUCCAUGGCUGUACGGAACAGUUCGGGCCUCUCGAUCUGGACAAGAUCCACGAGCUUUCUUAACUUCUCCCCCUUCACCAGGAGCUCCUAUCCUCAUACUAUGUUCCUGUCCAGAAUUUCUGAGUGGCUCUACCCGGAAGCUGAGCAACUGCUGGAAAUGCGGAGAUCAUCGACUGGGUAGAAUACCCUAUGGUGGCACCUGCAGGUUGCAAACGACACCUGCGAGAACCCGGGCGAGCUUAGCAGGAAUACUGAGGCCCUCAGUAGACGACCCUUACGAUCAAAUGCGACGGAAUUGUCUAAUUGAACCAAGAUCGCGAGCCAGAAGCAUCUCCCCCCAUCGGCAAAUUGGACAAAGAGACACUCGAAGUCAAUGCUUUAUGCGAGGUUCAAACAUUUUCACUCAAGAGCCUUCCUUCUCACGAAUAGAUUGUUUUAAUGCUACAGUGAACUUUAAUGAAACCGAUUGUCAAAAACCUCACUUAUCAAAUAUGAAUGACCAGUCGUCUGAUAUCAAAAACCGUACAGAUCAUAGAAUGACUUCCGGGAGAUUAAUUGGGAUUAAAAACAAACUCCGGAAUAUAAAAAACGAUGGGCAGAAAUCCUCACCUCAAACUUCUAAGAACACCCAGCGUAAGUCUGUUGACGAAAACUGGAAAGACACAGUCUUAAAAACAACCUUACCUUCCUCAGCAGCUGUCAAUGACUCACGAAAAAGCAUUUUGGAGUGUCACGUUAAUCCCUACCUCCUGGUGAAGAAACGCAACAAGGCUGAAGAUGACCUCAGCGACGACCUUUCGGAAAACUCCCUUGAACACGAUGAAACUCUCACCAGUCAUUUUGACUCCUCCAAAGUAAAAUCAAUAGAUAGGAUAACAAACCCGAGUUCUGUAGCAGCGAUUGGCGGACAAAGAAUAAAAGUCUUCAACGAACAUAGGGAGGUCUUCGAUGAAGGGGGUCUUCACGUCACAAGGCUUCCGAUUCCUAAAAUGUCUCCAAAGAGACCUUCUAGAAGAAUCAAGGAGGCCAAAAAUGUGCUAAGGAGUAUUCUAAAAAAAGAUAGAUGUGAGGGCAAAAAAAAGAACGUCCUCUUUAACGUUGAUAAUGUUAUCUUUGCACCAGAAAAGCCACCAGAGAUUAGCGCAUCCAGGCGAACUAGCAGAAGUUCCAUCGGAGGUAUAGAACCGGAAGAGGUAGAGAACACAAUCGUGCUCGAAACACAAAUAAUUGAAGAACGGAAGUUCAUUACUAUUCCGAACAUCAAAGAUCCAUUGAAGCAGGAGAAACUGAAAUUACCGGAAGCCAGGAUCCUACCAAUAUUAAAGAGUGUGGCGCCUAUUGACAGGAUAAAGGUAGACAAAAUCGUGCCUUUUAGGCAGCUCGAGACUCUCGGGAACAAGGACAUGGAGGCGACGGCUGGUGUCAUGAUAGAGUCAAAGAGAAGUCAAGCAGUUCUUGGGAUGAGGAAAGUCGAACAACAUUAUGAUAAGAAAAAAGAGAAGAAGUCGAAGCGAGACGAUGAGCGGAUUGGAACGGCAUACGAGACUGAACUAGAAAUUGAGAUCGAUGAGCUUAAGCCGCAGCUGUCGAACAUUCCUAUUGAUGGGAGUGAUCUGAUUCUAAAGUCUAAAGAAAACUUGAGACAGUCUUAUCUGACUCGAAGUCAAAGCGAGUGUUCAAACUCGAGGACAAGGCUCUACGCCGAUGACACUGGCUUCAUAGACGGAAUGCGUGUGAGUAUUUUUGAUAGGGCGAAAGAAAUAGCUUCAUCGAAAACAAGUCCAAACGAGAUUCCGGUGGAAGUCAAAGGGAAAGCACAAGACAUCUCUACACCUGUUGCGACAAAGAAAUCCCAAGAGAAAAGAACCGUAGAAUUUAGUACAUACCAAGCUACAAAGAAAACAGACGAAGCAAUCAAGGAUUUACCAACUAGAGCAGAAGAACAGUUUUCCUUUAAAUUGGAUUCAAAAAAUCCCACAAAGCUCAUAAGAAACUUAGAACAUUUUUGCAGAAUGCGGCCUACAAGCGGGUCACCGCCACCAGGGAAAGCUAAGCACCUCACCAGAGACAGACAUGUUAGCGGUCCUGGAACUACGGAGCUGGAGUGCUAUCGGCGAGUCUCUUCAGUGGCAAGGAAGAACAUUAAAGACAGUGCACCCGAAGGUUUUACAACCUCUUCGACCUCUAAGAGACUCUUGAAAGAAUCAGACAAAAUAGUGGUUGGAGAAGUAGAGACAAAUGUGUGCAAAAUCACAGUAAGUCCUAGAGCUUCACGUUGGAUACAUAGACUCCAGAUUGGAUCAGACAUUUCAUCUGGGUCGAGUAAAACAUCCAUAUUUAUCAACGGGGACGUUUCGGAUGGAAGUGAGUUGAAUAAUAAGGUGACCAUUAGUGUUGGUGGUGAAGAGAGUGUCUUUAACCCAACCGUGAUUUCAGUAAAUUCUAACAAUUCUGAAAAGAUCCAAGACUCUUCGCGCAGUCGCACUUUGGUCAUUUUAGAAAACUACAAGUCAAAUAUUGUCGUGAAAUCAAUUUCAGAGAAGGAAAAAUCUAAGAUCAGUGAAGGUCUGGUUAAGAAGAGUGUGGAUAUUCCUUUAAGGGAUGAGAAUCAAGUUUUUGAGGCCAGCAGAAGAUCCAAGUCAUCAAACCAUAAACUUAACUGUUCUAACUACGAAGAGGAGACCUGCAGAUCAGAAUCAGAAUCUCAAAUACAAGAUCUCGUAGCCUUCAAUAGUUGGUCCACUCUCUCCAAAGAAUCUUUUAUAUCCGAAUUAUUUGAAGACUCUCUUAGAAAAGUUCGUGAAAAUUGUAAAAUUAUUGAUGAAAGCAGCGGAGAAGCUAUAUUGAAAAUCUUGAAGCAGAAUGUUCUAAAGAGCAAGGUAUAUGAAAGCUCGAAAUCGACACUUGAGACUGAAAAUUAUUACUCAAGAUCAUCGGGUUUAAAUUCCGAAAGCGAUUUUAUUUCAAAGAAUAUUUUUAUUAAUGAAAAUCCCUACGAAGUAAUCAAAGAGCCGAUCUACGAAGAAAUCGUGGACGAACCUCCAUCCGUCCCAAUGUGUCCUCCCCCUACAGAAGACUCUCUCAAAGAUAUGAUGUACCUUGGCGACAAGUUCAAGGAAGCUUACCACAAAAAGCCCAACGCAGGUCAGUUUCUGGAUUCUUACUUGUCUGAUGAAAUGUUCAAGAAAAUUAGUACUGCUGAGUUAGGAGUCGUAUCCCACCUGUUUAAAACUCCAGAAGGGUUCUUCAAUAAGGCUUCCUGUUCUUCUGAUAAAGAGAAUCUGUCGACUAAAUUUGAGCUGCUACACUUCCUCAUUAAUUCUAAGGAUCAUAUUGCACCCGCGGAGGAGGAUGAAGACGAAGAAAAAGAAGAGCAGGAGGAUGCAGAAAGGGAACUGGAAGCACUUUAUGAGCAGAAGGAAACAAGCUUAGGUGAUCUUAGUUCCAAAAGCUCUCAGAUAUCUAACGUUUCGGAUAGCAGCGAAGAUUGCAACAUUAUUCUCAUGAGUUCUCCAGAGAAUCUUAAAGCAAGAACCGUUGAGAUUGAAAGGACUGACAGUGGCGUGGGUUCCGAAAGUAGCCAAGCCAGCAGUAGUCGUAGAGUUGUUUGCAGACGUUUUCGAAGCCGAACUACGCCUUCUAAUCAAGGAAGUCUGAUUAGUAACAUCCCUCAAAUUGCGUCAAAGGCUUCCAAAUGGUGUGAAGACUGUGAACAACGAUUUGACUCACUACUUACAGAGAGCGGCAUCGUUUAUGCGUCUUUCAUAUGCAGGAAGUGUUCGAAGAAGCGCGCUGAGCGAAAAGAGAUAAUUACUGAAAUCGUGGAGACAGAGCAGAAAUACGGAAGGGACUUGAAAAUUAUCCUAGAGGAGUUUCACCGACCGAUGUUGAGAGCCGGACUUCUUACCCCGGAACAACUUUCAGCCAUUUUUCUGAACGUUGAACAACUACUAGAACAUAACCACGCCCUUGCUGAAAAACUGAAGGAUGCUGUGGAAUUUGCUCAGGAAUCCGGUGAUGAAGAUUUGGUGACGGUUGAUGUGGGAAAAAUAUUUCUAGAAUCAGAAAGAAUGCUUCACGCAUUUGAAAAUUAUUGUACUCGCCAAGGUGGCGGAAGUCUCCUCCUACAGAACUUGGAAAAAGAAAAAGAGCUCCUUAGGAUAUUCCUUAAAGUAUCACAGAUGGAAAACACUGUUCUGCGUAGAAUGAAUCUCAAUUCUUUCCUGAUGGUUCCGGUUCAAAGGGUAACAAAAUAUCCUCUUCUUCUUGCUCGACUUUUAAAAGCAACUCCAUCAAUUCGUUCAGAUACGCAGGAGGCAAAAAAAAGAUUGAAGCAAGCCCACAGCCAAAUUGAGUUGCAUUUAGAGCACAUGAAUGCUGAAGCCAAAGACGUAACUUCGACAAAACUCUGGCGAAGGAUAUCUAUAAUCCAAAAUGGAAGAAGGUGCGCCGGAGAACAGGAUAUGGAAUACAUAAAAUUGAGAAAAAUGGCUGUUGAAGUUUUGGAAUGGGCGCACGAAGAAGCUAGAUUUGUUUUGGAAGGUCGACUUCUCAUCGCUCAACCAUCGGAUAAUAAUUGGCGGCGAGGAAGAACAGUAAAACUAGCUCCGGUCACUGCUAUGCUGGUCACCAAUGGAAAACCUAACAAAGAACUCCCGGACUUAUCUGAUGAUUCUCUUCUUCCAAAACAAAAUAGAAUUAAGGAAGCUACGCUUCUUCUUGUCAAGGAAAAAAUUGGAAGAUACUCUUUACUUCGGGGACCCUUAUAUCUGAAUAAAUGUAUAGUAUGCUGUGAAGUAGACCUUGAAGAUUAUUUCGAAAUCCAGGAAAUCUCCUCUAAAGAGACGUUCAUUUUCAAGGCUGAAGACGGUGCCAAAACAAAAAGAUGGUGUAGGACACUGCAAGCUCAGGCGCAAUCUCUCGGCGCCUGGCGCCGGCGUCGCGGUGCUCUUCCUAACAUUAUGAUAAGUGGUGUGGCUAGAAGCUGAAAACUUGUUUCUCAUACGCACCGAUUAUAGCUUGUUGCAAAAACUAGAGUUUCCUACAUAUCUGUAUAAAGAAGAGAUGUUUAAAGGAACAUAUACUUUUAUUCAUACAAGAUUUCUAAUCACUUGUCCUUAAAAAUGUAAUAUAUUACUUAGCUGUAAGCUUACUUAAAAGAUUCUUGUUCUCUUACAAAAAUGAUGAGUAGCUGCAAUAUCAAUCGGUGCAUUGGACUUUUAAAACUAAUUUCGGGAAUCGAAGUGGAAGUGUGAACGCCAAAAAAUGCUCUGAGGGUCCGUCAAUAUUUUCGAACCAUUGUUAGUAGUACUGUGUAUAUAUAUAUAUAUAUUGACAAUAUUUCAAAAACAGAUAAUAACAGUACUACCAAACGAGUUAUUAGCUUGCUAAUGAUACAACAAUGACUAUUGUAUCAUCCUUUUAUUUAAAAUAAAAGGUUUAAAGUUUUUCUGAACUUUAAGAAUGUUCAUUACUCAUUAGGACAAAAUUCAAGAAACAUAAUGAAUAUGCUAAAUUAAUAUGAAUAUUUAUUUUUAAAAAAUGAUUUCUUUUGAAAUGUUAAAUUACUGUGCAGUUACUGACGGCUAUAAAUGUAGCAAGUUCUGUAAUUUAAGGUUUAGGGAAUAACGCCAAACUGUAAUCGGCUACAAUGUUCUUUGAAAACAUAAAAUAUCAUAAAA